CUGUCAGUCUUCAAAUUUCCUCUGGCUUCAACUUCCCAAGUAGUCACAUUCCAGGGAAAAGCACAGGUACAAGGCUGGUGAAGACUUCUCUAAGUCAGAAGGGAUGAUUAAGAGUGAGGGAUGUGAGCAAAGAAGGCGAAAGAAAAAACAGUGAAAGGAAAAGAAAAGAAAAACACAUCAAUGCGGAGACCAUGGGAGUUCAACACUACUGGCUGCUAAUGUUGCUGGUCGACUGCCGGGACUGGGUUACAGGUGCUGUGAGUGGCAUCAGUCCAUAUAUAAAACAUUAUGAGGGCUUGUCGUACGACAGAGAGGAUCUUCACAGGAAGCACCUGAGAGCCAAGAGAGCUUCCCACCUUCAGGAGCACACACUAAAGCUGGACUUUACAGCUUUCCACAGAACUUUCCGUUUGCGUUUAAAACGCAAUGCAGCAGCAUUUUCUGAAAAUUUCAUGGUGGUCAGUGAAAAUGGUUCCACAUCAAGUGAUCUUGCCUACAUAUAUUCUGGAACACUAGAGGGUGAACAUGGUUCAGCCUGCCAUGGCUCGGUGUUACAGGGUCAGUUUGAAGGAACCAUCCAUACAGACAACGGGACCUAUCACACAGAACCAAUACAUAGAUACACCAACAGCCAAACAGACCACCACUCUAUAAUCUACCACGAGGAUGACAUGGUCCUACCAUCCAUGAGAAGUGGCCCUGAUGGAUUUUGUGGUGCAGAACAUCUAAACAUCCUUGCCCAAAGCCUCAGACCUGAUGAGGAAGUGCCAGUGAGCCGGAUGAGGAGAACAGUUGAUGAGUCAAAGACCAGCUGCCUGCUCCACCUCCAUGCUGACCACCUCUACUACAAGAGGUUCAAGUCUGUUGAGGCUGUUGUGGCUCAGGUUGCCUCCUACGUGCGAGCUGUGAAUGACAUCUACGACAAAGUGGAAUUUGAUGGAAUCAAGCUGAUCAACUUCAAAGUGAAAUCCCUUCAUGUGAUGACAAAAGAGGAUAGAAAGGAUCCUCUAUACCCUCUGUACAUUGGGCCUGAGAAACUGUUGAGUCUGUACUCUGAGAACAACUGGGACAGCUUCUGUCUGUCCUAUCUGCUAACUGACAGAGACUACAGUGGAUUGCUGGGGCUUGCCUGGGAGGGCAAACAUGGUAACUGGGGAGGAAUAUGUUCACAGCAGACCACUCAGCAUAAUGGCCAGACCUCUAGCCUGAACACAGGUCUGGUCACAAUUCAGAACUACGGACAGUUCCUGCCUCCACGACACGUCCAGCUGACCCUCGCUCAUGAACUCGGCCACAGCCUGGGAUCCCCGCACGAUGAGGGAUCAAAUUGUGGAAACCUCGGCUCCAGCGGCGGUAAAGGCAGGUAUCUGAUGUUCCCUCACGCCACAGACAAUGUGCGUGAAAACAACGAUAAGUUGUCGCCCUGCAGCAUCAAACACAUCAGCAAGAUCCUGAAGCUGAAGAAGGAUGAGUGCUUUGUGGUCAGUGAUCAGCCCAUCUGUGGAAACCAGAUUGUCGAGGAAGGAGAGGAGUGCGAUGUUGGACACAACGAGGCAGACCUCUGCUGCUUCAGUGCCAAACAGCCUGUAGGAGACCGUUGUCACCUCAAGCCUGGGAAAAUCUGCAGUCCGAGUCAAGGCCUGUGCUGCAGUCAGGACUGCGGGUUCAAGCCGGUGGGUCAGACCUGUGAUGAGGAGACAGACUGUCAAAGAAAGGCUGUGUGUUCAGGCCUCUCCCCGGUCUGUCCCGAGCCAAGCGCCAAGGAAAACCUCACUGUCUGCAGUCAGGGGACACGUGUCUGCCUGAACGGGGUGUGUGCUGAGUCCGUGUGUGUGAAGCAUGGCCUGCAGCAGUGUAACUGUCCAGGAGACUCCAUGAAGGAGAAAUGCCACAUGUGCUGUCAGCAGCCCGAUAAGCCUGAGACGUGUGCUAGCACCACCUCCUCCGUGCUAUCUCGUCACUUUCAAAAGAAGGCACUGCCGUUGGUUGGCGGAGCUCCGUGCUCAGGGAACCAAGGAUACUGUGACAAAUUCCAUGUGUGUCGUCUGCUGGAUGCUGACGGCCCCAUCGCAAGACUGAAAAACUCAUUUCUCAAAUUAGAGGAAUUCGAUGACAUAGCAGAGUGGAUGAAGGCUCGUUGGUGGGCCAUCCUGCUGGCUAUCCUGACACUGUCUGGAGUGAUGGGCUUCAUCGUCUGCCUCUGCAGUCUUAGACUAGACACCACUGACAUGGAGUGAUCUUGACCCCCCCCCCUCCCCCACACACUCACACACACACACACCUUUCUGUACUUUACUUAAAAAGAUUCAAUAGUGCAUACUUUUGACUUUUACUUUGUUACAUGUAGCAAUUAUCUAUGCUUUCUAAUCCACUACAUUUCUACAACGUUCCGUUACAUUUCCUGAUCAGUUUUUCCCCCUUCCAAAACGUCUUUCUGACCGUCACACGUUACGUACGUAGGGAAGCCUUCAGCAGCGACAGUCCGUACCGCUCCCGAUAUUACGAAUCCCACUAUGGCUACGCCAACACCAGCACUUCAAUAGCAUUUAUUGGCCAGGCACGUACUGCUCCCGGUACUACCGCUGCUGCUCCAGUUAUUCUGGUUGGUCAUAUGCGAAGCAUCCCUAUAUUGUAUAUACACACUGAGAAUAAAUCGUUAUGCAAGUACUUCUAAUUUUUAUACUUAAGUACAUUUAAAAUCGGGUACUUUUUUUCCCCCUUUUACUUAAGUAAGGUUGUCUUUGUGGUAUUUCUACUUCUAUUUAAGUAAAUAUGUCUGUGUACUUUUCCUUAAGAACUGAGAUUCGGUACUUCCUCCACCACUGCUCUCAGGCUUGCAGUGAGAGGCGUAGUUGGAAUGACAAAGUACGUCAAUAUCCAUUUUCUUUUCCUUGUUUCACAUGUCAGUAUACAUUUCAAUGAGCGGUGAGAGUCUCCUGUGAUGCAUGUGUUGUGGAAAACAACGAUGUUGAUGCCAACUUUGGGCCAGUCAACCCCUUUGAGGCCACAUAACACACCUACAGCUGCGAAUGAAAGUCACCCGUCCCUGCAAAGACUGAUGGGACUCCUUGUUUUACCCUGCAGUGUCCUUGCUGUUGUGUUUGAACUUUUGGCUAACUUUAGCCUUGUUGGCCAACUAGCUAUGCCUCAGUGAAACUUUAAUCGCUUUAAUAUUGUCAUAGUGAGCGGGAUUGAGAUAAACUAUUGGAACAUGAUAGGUCUUUUGGAAGGACCUUUGGCCUGAAGCUUACAAAGCUGAGUUUAUAAAGUGUCCGUAAACAUGUUUGUCAUCUCAAAGAGUAGUUGUUACUCUUUAUGAUUUGCAGUGGUGUAAAGUAACUAAAUGUUAACUUAGAGUUAGGGAUGUCUAAAGUUUUUAUUUGACAGUUAUAAAUACAACUUACUUUUGUAAAUAAAAAGGUUAAAAUUUAGCAGAAAAAAAGUAAAUUGUUUUGUUACAUUCCAGACGUCCAUGAGAUGAUAGCAGUUUUAUCAAAGAGAGAUCAAGGUUUCAUUGUUGCAGGCCAAAUAGGAUCUAUCAUACAAUAUUUUACAAAAAUAAUAGAUUAAAGAAAGUAAAUAAAAUGAAAGAUGGCUUCACAGCUACAAGGACAUGAAGAAAUCACAGAGCUUAUUUUUGUCACAGAUGAAGGCUAGGACCCAAGUGCAGGAAGACAAGGAGGGUGCUGCAGUUUGAAAUAAUUUAACGACAACAGAAAGUGACUUACAAACGUGUAACCUAAACAGGUGAGUAAAUCCAGAAAAACAGGAACACAGAAGGAAGGGGCAAAAAAAUUCAGGAGCACAAUAACACAAGACAGAACUCUUCACAAAAGACAGACGACAAAUGACAACCAAUGAUCCACUAACUCACAGACACAGAAAGCAGAGGGACUAAAGUAAACAAGAGAUAACAAGGGGCAGGUGACACAAGGCAGGUGAACAGGUGAAAGACAUCAGACAAUUACAAAGGCGGGAAAACCAAAAGACACAAAGUAAAACAAGACAACACAUAAGGGAAUAGAGAGACUUCAAAAUAAAAACAGCAAAUGGAAAAAAACAACAGAAAACAUGAAACCAACUAAACACAGAAACUUGACACAAGGACUAGACUUGACAAUUUUGUGUAACUUAACAAUUCCCAGAACUUUAGUAUCAAAAACCGAUGUGAGAGUUUAAAUUGUUAAAAAUGUUUUGAUUACACAGGUUUUGUACUGAUAGGAUACAACAAUAAGAAUAAAACCACCUUGAGCUGGUAAGCAUGAGCAAUAGCAAUGGAACACUUCCAUAGACCUAAGCACUGCUUUUGAUUUGAUCAAGUUGGCCACAACAUCCUUAAUAACAGACUGCAGAAGUGUGUUUGCCCCUCCGGCUCAGUUUUAGGUUGUUUUAUGAUUUAUCUUUCUGGGAGAGAGUCUCCCUUGGUGACGAGUACUCAGCUAAAACUAGCAUAACAUGUGGAGUUCCUCAAGGUUCUAUCCUGGGACCUGUGUUGUUUAGUCUUUAUAUGCUAUCACUGGGAAAUAUAAUCAGAAAACACCGGAUUAAUUUUCAUAGCUAUGCUGAUCAUACACAACUGUACAUUUCCCAAUGAGAUCUUUUGAUUCAUUGAGUGCAUUGAUC